CUUUACCUUUGUUCUACAUAGCGGCGACCCCCAUGUACUACCCACAAGUCCAGACCUCGCAGAACGAGCUCUGGCAGCACUCUCUCUACGCUCCUCACAACCCACACAAUCCUGCAAUCAAUUCCAAUGCACUUCACGGUCACCCCAUCCAUCCUCAACAACAUGUCCUCUCCCCUCCCCUCACUCAACAUUGGCAACAGCAGCUUCUCAAAUAUGAAAACAGCAGGUCUGCUCGUAGUCCCCAUCAUCGAGCAAAGGUCAGCAUGCUCGCUUCACGAUCCGUUCCAAAAGCUGCGAUUCCCAUAACCAACCCCAAUGCUGCUAAACCUCCACCGCCCCCAGCGGCGGAGUCAACUCCCGAUGUCAAUCACCCAUCAUCUACCGUCGCUCCCAUAGCAGAAGCAGAAGCUCCGAGACCAAUCAAUCAGCAGAAGCCUCCAGAGAACAAUUGGAUGACGUUAGAUAUGGGGGGCGUGCAGAUCAAGAGCCUUCCAAAGACUUCAUCUUUAUGGAGUUUCAAAUUUCUCGUUACCCUCUACCUCAACCAUAAUUCUCUCCCUUCCAUCCCAUCCGAAAUCGCCCAACUUCGACACCUCGAAUUACUCGACAUUUCUGCCAAUCAACUCACCGCGGUUCCUCCUGAACUGGGAAUGCUCACCUCGUUGAAGGAGUUUUACCUAUUCGAUAACCACAUUGCAACCCUUCCGCAUGAGCUGGGUACUUUACACCAACUCCAGACACUUGGCGUCGAGGGUAACCCGCUAGAUCCCCAACUCAAAUCGCUCAUACAAGAAAAAGGAACGCAGCAUCUCAUCUCAUAUCUUAGGGAUUCAUGUCCAGUACCAGCACCGCCUCCGGCGAGAGAGCAUCGCGAUGUUUUGUCCUCCUCCGAACGCGCCUCGUUAGAUGCCGAGGUCAUCAGCGUGUUGUGUUAUAAUAUACUGUGUUCCAAGUACGCGACCGAGCGCCUUUAUGGAUACACUCCUCAAUGGGCACUUGACUGGGAUUAUCGCAAAGAACUCAUCCUCACUGAGGUUAUGAACUACAACUGCGAUUUCCUUUGUUUACAGGAAGUAGACGUCGCUCAAUACGAUGGUUUCUUCUUGACACACUUAGGAAAAGCCGGUUACAACGGUGUUCACUUUCCGAAGAGUAGAUAUAAGACCAUGGUUGGGGAAAGUGAGGAAAAGAGGCGACUAGUGGAUGGAUGUGCCACGUUCUACAAACGGGAUAGGUGGAUACUCGUCAGCGAGCAUUUGGUGGAGUUUUCCAGACUGGCGAUGGGAAGGACUGAUUUCAAAAAGACUGAGGAUAUGUUUAACCGUGUUUUAGGUAAAGAUACGAUAGCCACUGUCUGUCUUAUGGAGUCUCGCGAGACAGGUACCCGAGUCCUCGUCGCCAACAUCCAUGUGCAUUGGGAUCCUCGAUUUAGAGAUGUCAAGUUAGUGCAGGUUGCCCUACUACUUGAUGAAAUUGAGGGACUUGCGGAAGAAUUCGCAAGGCUACCGGUCCGGUUGAGCAAUGAAGAGACUCACGAAGAAGCAGGAGACCUUUUGGACAAACCACGCAGGCCCCGCACAGCACCCUCUACGUAUACAUCUCCGACACAAAUUCCUCUCAUCAUCGCUGGAGAUUUUAACUCCGUACCCUCAUCUGGUGUUUACGAAUUUUUAAGCACCGGACAACUUGCUAAAGAUCACCCUGACUUCAUGGGUCACAUGUACGGCAGAUAUACGAGUGAGGGUUUGAAACAUCCUUUCGGUCUUCGAAGUGCCUACAACGUAGUUGCUGGACCUUAUCAGCCACCAUCCCCCCCUGAGGUGAAGCUCACCCCGAAUGGUCACCCCAGGCCCAUUAAAGAGUCUAGCGGGGUGGGAGGGAAUGCAGGACACGGCGAGUUGUUAACAAUGACGAACUAUACCCCAUCCUUCCAAGGCGUACUUGACUACAUAUGGUAUUCGGUCGGGAAUCUAGGGGUUAACGCUGUUCUUGGAGGCGUGGAUGAAAGGUACCUGGAAAAGGUUGUGGGGUUUCCCAAUGCUCAUUUCCCUGCAGAUCACAUAUGCCUUGCUACAGAGUUCCGAGUCAAACCACCGAAAGACACCAGUUCUAAACCGCCAUUAUUGCCACAAACACCCUCACAGUAGCUUCAAUUCGGACUCUUCGGUUAUGCGAGCAUCUCGAUGUCGCGUGUUUUGAUGUUUCGCUCACCUUCAUGUCCAUUGAUAUUGUUUACUGCUGGCCUUUCCUUGGAGUCUGUCUGUGAGUCAAAAAUGGUCAAUCAUUGGUAAAACACUCGUCCAAGGAUAAGUUAUUA